UGUCCUCCGCACAUGAAGCUGAUGACGUCAUUCAAACCUCACUCAGUUUUAUCCGCGGGGUCUUUAAAAACCAAGUUCUCCUCCUCAACAGCAACUUCCUCAACUCGGCAACACUCAAAACGAUACGAUCAGCAUGGCCUCAGUCACUCCGCUCCCAUCCACCACACGCUAUCCCUGCUCCACCCUCACCAAGCCCGCCGAUUAUCCCGGGGUCUUCCUCUUGGAACUCCACUCUCCUCCAGACAACCGCAUGACCGAACAUUUCAUCACAUCUAGUUUGAUUGCUCCUCUCUUGGACGUGGAACGAGAAUACCGAGCUUCCUUGCUCGGCUUACUGACAACCCCACCACCAGGAGACUCUCAAGGAUGGAAGACACCCCUCACACCCGGCCAAUAUGCUCUCGUAACCUGUGGAGCACGAGACAAAAACAGGAUCUACAGUAACGGGCUCGACUUGAAUGAGGCCUUGGCCUUGGACCAUUUCUUCCAACAUGUCUUGAAUCCAUUGUAUGCCAAAUUAUUGGCGUUCCCGAUACCUACAGUAGCAGCCAUCAAUGGUCAUGCAUUCGCGGGCGGCUUCUGUUUAGCAUUAGUUCAUGACUUCAGGAUCAUGAAGGACAACGAGCAAAAAGGGAGGGCGUUGAUGGCGAUGAAUGAGGCGGAGUUUGGGGCGCCGAUUCCAUUGGGUCUCAUAUCCAUCGUCGAAACUAAAUUCCCUUCAACUACUUUGGCCGCUAAAUGCUUGGCCGAGGCGCAUCGUUUUGUUGCCAAAGAAUCAUUAGAACUAGGGAUCGUCGAUGCGUUGGCUCCUGAAUCUGAGGUGGUUAACAACUCCCUAAGAUUAGCCUUCGAGAAAUCGAUCCGAGCGUCUACCGGAGUAUAUGGGAUGAUCAAAGAAUCGGUGUAUCGAAAGACGCUCGAAACCUUGGGCUCCAGUGGCAGUGGAAAUGCGGAUGUCAAGUCGGUCCACACGAGCCGGUUGAAGCAACUCUCCGGCCACAAAUCCGGCGCCUCAAAGCUCUGAUUUCCUCCUCCACAUUUCACCCCCCGCCCCCUUUUUUUAGAUAAAUGUAUGCACUCUUGGGGCUAGCUUGGCUUUGUUUUUCUCCUUGUAUUCUUGUGUAUCGGUAUCGUGAUCGGGCGUCCAAACGGAUUAUUCCAUUCUCUCUCUCUCUCUCCUUCAUUGGCUUCAGAUAUAGAUUGUAUAUAGAUGUAAGCCUGUUGCUUUUUUUUUGUGGUGGUCAGCGAUUGGGUAUCAGCCGAUCCCUUUGUCCUUUGGACUUGGUCGGAUAAAGCAUCUCCUCUCAAUAUAGAUUUGGCUUUUUUUUGUGAUUGGAAAAGUGACUCUCAUGUUUGUUUAUUCUUGGUAUAUGUUGGUUGUAUCUGGUUUGUAGACUCGAGGGAUUGACGGGCAAUGGCAAUGAUUGGAUGACUGGGUAUUGACCAU